UCAAAGAAAACCCCGGAAUACAAUCGAAGUUAGCYCUCGUUGUCACAAUCUAGACAAAUAACAAAAUAAGGAUCAAAAACUCUUAGACGAUCAUCGAUAAGAGAGAAGAAGUUAUUUUACUGCGAAGAAAAGGAAUUCCUACUGUGAUGUGUCGUUUAAAAAGUUAUUCGUUGAGUCAGAAGUGUGUAUGGCGGCUCGUCUGUUUUACAGGAUCUAUUUUACUCGUUUUGGGAGCUGCAAGUUUUGGUUUUGGGAUGAAGCUAAUAGAAUUCGCUGAAAAGACAGAUGUUACACCAGUUUUUGCCGGCAUACCGAUGAUGUUAGCUGGUUUCCUGGGCCUAGCAUCAGGAUUGUGCAAGAAAGGCUGGCUCGUGACCGGUUAUGGUAUUUGUUGUGUGAUUAUCAGCAUGCUAUCAAUACACAUGAACUACAGAUUCAUGGGGAAAGAGCUGCCAUCACUUCCGAUAUACAGGGAACAAUGCAUGAACGAGCCAAAAGUUCAAAAUCACUGUGACAGAUAUAUUGGUACCGUGGCACUUUGUAGUACAGCUGUUCUCAUGUUACCAUUUAUCCUUGCUGCAAUCUUGUCUUGUGUAGCAGCCAAGAGAAUCUUGAAAAAGAAGAACUGCUGCAUAUUCUGGUUCACGUGCAGCAAAGUAGAACCCUCACUACCGAUAUACGACGUCAAGUUACAUCGAUACAAAAACAGACAAAAGACUAACCCAGUAGGUCUCUUGAGCUACAAAAGUAACACAUCCAAGGGAUUUGUCUGCGAAAUCCCCGAAACACGACCUACGGCAGAAUACCUUCCCCGGAUACCCGACUUUACGGACCUUGCGGGUCRUCCCGAUAGUCCCGGGUACCCGGCUUCCUUCAUGUUUGAAUAUGAAAACAAAAACUCUCGUGCGUCCGGUGAAUGUCGCAAGAACAACUAUGGUCACUCGAAAACUAAAGAACAGAGUCUUUCCUUAAUUGGCUCGGGUUUGACAACAGAGGAUGACRCUGGAACUGCGCAUGUCCAACGAAAGAGAAGAUCAAAUUCUGUUCCUCACGGAGUGGCCACUUCUGAAGUAGACUUGAGGCUGUUGGAGCAGGAUUAUCUCAAUAGAAGGAGUUAUUUGGAGGAAGAAGAAAACGAGAAGUACUACAGUUUUGCGGCAGAGGAAUGGAUACAAAAAAUGGUGGAGCAUCUGCAUGAUUCGAGGUCGCGGUUAUAUGCGGUAAGCGAUGAAGAGGAUUUGAAUGAAGCGCCAAGGAGGAAAGAGUCYUCGGAAAGAACCGAUAAACAUUGGUGUCAAGCUUCAACAGAGUCUGAAAAUCAAGAAGAGCUCUCGAACCGUAUGGGYUCUCCACCACAAAAGCAGCUCUCUGAUGUAGGAAGGAACGUCGAUGAUGGAUCCGCUAGAAAAAUGUCGUUAAAAACUGAAAGUUGCAUCAAUUCAAAUCCUCGCACCACAGUAGAACGUGAGUUGAGCUCAGAACCGGAUAAAAAUUAUAUAGACAAGGGAAAAUUAUCCAGAGACCAUAAUAAAUUAACAGGUUCAGUUCCGCGAAGAAGGAAACUUGGAGCAAGCAGUCCGUGUGAUAUUGAACAAGAAACAAAUUAUGAUGAUGAUCUCGUUAGCCAAUUACCAACAUUGAAAUCCAAUAAUAGCCAAUCAGAAGUCUCGACUACUGAUAGCCAAUCAGACACCUCGAUUACUGAUAUCCAAUCAGAAUCCUCCGCUAAUAGCCAAUCAAAAUCGCUGGAUAAUAAUAAAUCAGGGAAGGUGGCAGAAGAGGCGUCUAUUGAGUAUUUUGGAACAAAAGACUUAACUCCGCAUGGUAUCGUAACCCCGGUAGGACAGCCCUUCCCUACCGGGUCUUUAUAUUUCGAGUUUGAGAAAGCUGCUCCCACUGAGCAUGCGCAGAAAAACUGGGUAGAAUUUGAAGGACACCCUGAAGGUAAAGAAAAACUACUCAAAGGAGAAAUGACUCUUAAGGAAUAUGAGGAGCUGACGUCAUAUCUAAUGUAAAUACGUCUAUAAAUAGAAAACUAUAAAUAACUUAGUUUCGUGGUAGAGUAAGAUAUAUUAUAAUUGAAGCUAAAUUAAUGCACGUUGUGAGAUUAUUUCUUCUUUAUGGAGAUAUGACAUUUUUUGUCUGUGGAUUACAAGAUAAUAAAAUUAUCAUAAUUACGUCACAAA